AUGCUUGAUUGUGAAUCAACAUCGUUUGAUGAUGAAAGAAAAGAAAAAAUUUUCAAGUUAGCAUGUGCAAUGGGAAAUACUUAUGAUUCAGAAAAUGACAGGGAAAAAGAAUUUGAAAAUAAACUUAACAGUUUUUUGGGGUAUAAUAUAGAUGGAAAAGAUAGGAAGAAGAGGAAUUGUAAUGAAGAAGUUAGAUUUGAUGCAUUAGUAAAGUUAGAAUACUCAAAAUCAGAAAGGGAUGCCUUGUUGGUAGGAUUUGAAUACAAAAAUGAAUCUUCGAAGAUUGCAGGCACUGUAUUUGGGGAAAGAGUUACAAUAUGUCCUUUAAUUGCAGAAAAUCUUAUAGUCAGACCUGAUUUUUUUGAAUCAUGGAUAAAUCAACUGACAAGAAUAUUUUGUUCUUUACAUGAGGCGAUUAAAACUUUGGAAAAAUACUAUAGUGAAUGUUUAUUAGUUCCAGAAAAAAGAUUGAUAGAAACUCUGGUGUAUCUUGUAGAAGAGAAUGAUGAUACAAAACACAUAGUCAAGUUUUCUGAAACUUAUGGUUAUGAUGCACACAGUUUCUGUGCUGAGCAUCAAAUAGCACCAAAAAUCAUUCAUUAUUCAGACAUAAAUUCUGGGUAUAAAUUUAUUGUAAUGGAAUAUCUUGAUGGAUAUGAGACUAUAAAUUCAUUGUUUUCGAAAGUAAAAAAAGAAGAUUUGAAGGAGAUAAAAAAUUCUAUAAAAGUUGCUGUAGGAUUAUUACAUGACAAAAACUUUGUUCAUGGAGAUUUUCAACUAAAUAAUAUACUUGCUAAAAAAGUAGAGGAUAGAUGGGUUAUAAAAAUUAUAGAUUUUGAAUGGGCAGGUCCAGAAGAAAAAUUAGAUAUCCAUAUGUGA